UUCCUUUCUACCAAUCACAGCCCGCGAAAUAUUGUUUUACUAAUAUCAUGGUCACAUGAGAUCUUUUCGCAAUUCUCGAUCCAAAACUAUUUUUUCGCAAAUAAAGAUAUUUCUCUCUGCAUUCAAGCGUACUGGUAUGUAUGCAUGCAUUCAAUCCUUAUGCUGGAACUCUUUUUUCGUUUCUCAUCAUGAAAUCCGAUUUGAUUCAUUCCAAAUUUAUCAGUUAGAUUUUAUUUCCAGUUAUUGAAAUUGACAAAUUACAAUGCAAUAUGUCCUUUUCAGCUACUCUCAAUGACUCCCAAUCAAAGCAGUUUUUUGCCAAAUCUGUAAACUCACUUGCCUCUCUAUCAGACUAUAUCAAAUUCCAAAUAUCCUCACAGUCUUUGCUUUUGUCAGCGAUAAACUCAAGCAAAACAUCAAUUGGUGAAAUUAAAUUCAAUAAAAAGUUUUUUCAAAUCUAUAAAUUUAUCUAUUCAAAAGAUACCAUUCUAAAAGAGGGCUUCAACUAUGAUUUACAAAAGCCGUACAACUCAACGUUUAAUUUUAUAAUUUCUUCAAAAUACUUAUCGACUUUAUUCAAAUUCAUCAAUGAAAACUCCACAAAAUUCUCAAACAAUAAUAUCAAUUAUAACAAUAAUCUUCAUCCAGAUGGUGACUCUAAUAUUAAUCAUAAUAGCGCAAACAACAUCAGUGAUUUUCAAAAGCCAAUUUAUUUCAAUAAUUCAAGCACUGUCUCAAAAUCUUCUUAUGAAAACACUUUGAUAUUAAGUCUUAAUUGCAAUAAAAACUGCUCCGAUUUUCAUAAAUUUAAACUAUUGAUUGAAUUCAUAUCCAAUAAAAAAAUUAAAAAACAAUUUUCCUUAUUUUACCAACCCUUCACAGUCAUAAAUACCUCCAUCAACAUAUCAAAAAUAUACAGAGAAAGGUUUUUAAGAGUUUCUAACAAUAUCACUUUAUCUGAAAACAACUCCAAAGAAUUUGAUCCAGAAGAUAUUACCAAUAUUGAAAACUCAAAUCACAACAUCACUGAAACCAAAAUAGAUAAUCAACAAAACAAAGAUAUAAAUGAAUACUAUCUUCAAAUUGAGAAGAAAGCCAACAACCAGAAUAUCAAUUACUUGGUAAUACCCAUUUUUAUCAUAAAAUCAUUCUUGGACAUGAAUCCCAAUCAAACAGAAGAUUUCCAAUUGCUAAUCAACAAAAAACUUAAUAGCUUGGUAUUUAUUGGCUUUACAAAAUCUAUUAAAAACGAUAGAAACUACUUUUUGAAGAAUUCCAUGAACUUGUCAAUCUCAAUUCAAAUCGAUGAUCUCUUUAAUUAUCAUUUGUCCAAUUAUAACUCAAAUGACCAUUUGAAUUUAAAUUUCAAUUUAAAAGAUUUCAGAAAUUUUAUAAAUCUAAUUUAUUCUUAUUCUUCCACUUUAAGCAUUAUCUCCAAUAAAGAUCACUCCUCAAAUAGUGAUAAAAUCAAUAGUACUGAUAGUCAAAACAACUACAUCAACAAUAAUGAUCACAACAAUAUUUUGGUGGAAGAUGAUAUUUGCUUUGAAGCAUUCUUUGACAACCCGGGCGAUCCUAUUUUAUUUGACUGUAACUUGUUUAAUAACUUAGUUCGCAUCAAAUUUAUUCAAAUCACAUCAGAUGACGGCAAAGUCAUUGAUAAUUCAACUACAAUCAAAAAAUUCAAGUUGAAUAACAAUAAAAACCGUAAAAGGAGAAAGCCAAAAAUUAAAGUGUAUCAACCAACAAGCUAUAGAUCUGAAAACGAGAUUGAAUUGGAUAUUGAAACCAAAAAGGAGACGACUAUAAAAGAAGAAAGUUUUUUGUUUUUUCCAAAUGAUAACGAAAACCACAUUGAAAAUGAAAAUGAAAAUGAAAAUGAAAAUGAAAAUGAAAAUGAAAAUGAAAAUGAAAAUGAAAAUGAGAAUAAUGAAUAUGAAUAUGAAUAUGAAUAUGAAAAUAGUGACAAGAAAAUUCCUGCUAAUCAUGAUCAAAACGUGAAAACCAGUCUUGAUGAUAAAACAUUACACAAUAAUGACUAUAAUGGUUUUACUCAUGAGCAAAAAAUCGUUGAAACUCAAACCAGCUUUAAUAAACCAUAUAAUCAAAAGAAAAAGAAAAGCAGAUUUGUAGAUAGUGACUCUGAAGAUGACUCAAAUAAAACAAAUGCUGGCAAAAUAGUUGGAACUAAUAAUGUUUCCGUUUUUAAAUUAAAAUCAACUAAUCAAUUAAUCAAUGAAGAAUUCAACAAAACAACAGAAAUAAAUUUCAAUCAUCAAGUAGAACAUUCUAAAACUACUUUUUUUAAUAGUGACGAUGAGAUAAGCUGGAACGAUAAUGACUCGCAAGCCAAAAAACGUAAAUUAUCGUUUGUAAAUAAAUUAAUGGAAAGUAGUGAAAUCGUUGGAACUGAGUCUAUUAACAAUAUUGAUAUCACAACACUGGAUUCAAAUGAUAAAGAUUUGUCAGUGCGAUUGACUAAAAGUAAAAAGGAAAAGCAUGAAAUUGGUCCCACUCAAAACGUGAAAAGAGUUAAGAGUUUAUUUGGUAGUUGAAUAAUCCGAUUAAUAAAUAUAUACUUGGUAUAAUGAUUUAUUUUUGAUUUUUUUUGAUUCUUGCCAAUU